AUGGCAAAACAAUUUUAUUCACUUUUUUCCAGUUUAAUCUUUUUAGGAUUAAUUUUUUCAACUCAUCAAGACAAUAAUUAUGUGAUCAACACUUAUGAUUCACAGUAUGGUGUUUAUAUUGGAGAAUUUUCAAAUCUUUUAGGUGCCAAUAUAUCAGGAAAAAUAUUUGUUGUUAAUGAAACAUCACUUCAAAUAUUAAAUUUUACAUUAAAUGAAAAUAUUUCAGAUUUGUAUUUUUGGUUGGAUAAGUCAGAACAUCCAACAAAAGAUGGAAUUAAAGUUCCAACAUUCGAGUAUGGUAUUAGUGAAUUAGGAAAAUAUGAUUUACAAGAAAAUGAUAGAGUUGUUCUUAAUCUUCCUAAACGAUUUAAGAUUGUUAACUUUAAAUCACUAUCAUUAUAUUCCUUAAAUACAGAUACAAAUUAUGGUUCAGUACAAAUUCCUGAUAAUCUUUCACCACCAAAACCACAAUUUUUAGGACAAGAAUUUAAGGGUUCAAGAUAUUCAUUGUCAUCUGGACCAAUACUUAUAACUGAUCGUAAAACUAUCAAAAUAUUUGGUUUUACUUUUGAUGCUGACAAAGCACCUGAUGGUUAUUUUUUUGCUGGUAAAGGAACAAAUGUUGCAUCAAAUACAGGAACAAAAAUACCAAUAAAAGGUCGUGAUACUCAGGAAAAUAUAAAACCAAUGAAUGAAAAAUAUCGUGGUGGACAGGAUAUUGUACUUGAAUUACCUGAUGAUUAUGAUAUUUUUAGUAUUGAUUGGUUAUCUGUAUAUAUCUUUAGAUUUAGUGUUGAUUUAGCUCAUGUUCCAAUAACAAAUAUAUCACAAAAAGUUCCACCAUAUGUUCCAAUUCAAAAAAGUUAUGGUGAAGAUUUUGAUGGAGAAUCAUGGAUUGUUAAUACAUUAUUAGGUACUUCAUCAAGAACUAAUUUUACAUUCCAAUUAGGACCAUCAGGAGGAAUGAAAGGAUAUGCUAGUAUGACACAUUUAAAACCAUCUAAAAAUGUUUGGUAUGUAAAUGGAUAUUUAGCUGAAAUUUAUCUUAAAAGAGGAGAAACAUAUAAUUUUAUUAUUGAAGGUGGUAAUGAAGAUAAAAACUCAGGAUAUUAUAAUGCUUUAUAUUUUUCUGAAGAUAAAUAUGGUGGUUAUGAAAAACUUUCUAAUAAUGAGAAACAAGAUACUAUUAUUGUAGCUGGUGGUGAAAAAAUGGCUGGAAGACGUUGUGAAUGGACACAAGAUAAUGAAAAUGAUUCUCCUGAUAAUUAUGAUUCAUUUACUUCAUAUAAAAAAACACUUAAAUUAUCAUGUAAUACAAAUGGAAAAUCAGUAUCAUUUUCAUUUACACCAACAAAAGAUACUCCUUCAUUAUUAUACUUUAAUAGUUAUAAUAACUAUAAUAUGGGAUCUAAAAUAUAUAUUGUUGAUGAGAUUCCAACAACAAUUGAAGAUAUUCAUGAAGAACCAUACCAUCAUGAUGCAUGGCUUGAACAACAAUCAGUUAGAAAAUCACCAAGAAAAACAAAUUCUUCUCCUUGUUUAUCUACAUUUAAUAAUAUAAUAUAUCUUUCUAUUGGUAUUAUAUUAUAUCAAUUAUUUAACUAA